AUGGAAAAUCUUACAGUCCAGUACUUGAUUCUUGAUGAAGAUGAGGCAGACCUUUUUGAAGACGAUGAAAGAGCUCAGACACUGGCUGCCACUAUCAUUGCUGGAAGUGAGGUAUCACGACAAGACCACAUUGACACUCUGUUCAUCACUACAAUGGGUGUGGAUGUGUCUACUUUCUCUUUGCUACUUACUACAGGAUUUGCACAAUACUGGUAUGAGACACCAGUCCCUUGUUAUGACCCAAAUCAGUGCUCCCUCAAUGCUGCAGGGGCACUUGGGCUUGUUCUACAUUAUCUCAGCUCUACCAUGCAUGCUGUCAGCCUCCAGCAAAUCUUUGCUAUCAUCCCCAGUACUCUUUUGCUAUGCACCCUUCACACCAUCCAAGAUGCCAAAAUUCAAUGGCCAGGAGGCCUAGAUUUUGAGCAUUGCAGUGAGCUCGUUGUGGCGCAUCAUGGGAGACUGAGAGGAGCAUUCAGCAGUAUUGAUGGCCUCAAAUUACCUGUGCAAACAUCUGAAGAUGUUGACAUUGAGAAUGCAACAUUUAACUGUUCUGUAUUAGUAUUUUCAGCAGAAGGGGUGAUCAUUGCUGCGCAGUUGAAUGCCCUGGGCAGUUGGCAUGACUCACGUGUUGCUCAUCAAAUCUAUACCUGCGCACCUCUCAAACAGGGCCAACACAUUCAAGGCACACUUGCCGAGAUUGACGAACAGAUGGUGUUCAAUCAUGAACUCCUUUCUUACCAGCAGACUGCUGAAUGGAGCAUGCAUGGUCUUCAAGGUGCUUUUGGAGGAUUGCGUGAUCUCAUUGAGAUCUUUGGCAUCAAUCAAAUAUGGACAGUGUACCUCAAACAUUGGCAGGAGACGGAUGAUGAUAUUGCAGUCUGGAGUGAUUUUGAGAAUAUGUUAUUUUCAGAGCAAAGACAGAAAGAUCGAGUUGCGUGUUUCCAUGUCACACUAGAGUACAAGUAG